AUGAAACUGUUCGUGGUUGCCGCUCUUGUUGCCGUCAGCUCUGCAGCUCGCUUGGAACACCUAGAACAACAGCAGCAGCUACGUAAAUAUCUUCCUCCUGACCAAAACUCUGGGUUCGGUUCAUACCAAAGAUUUGGAUCCAAUGGAGCACAUGGAUCUCUUGGUGCCAAUUCAGGAUCCUUUGGUGCCUCUGGAGCAGGACAAUCAAACUUUAAUGCAGUUAGUGCCUUCCCUGGUGUGAAGAAUGCGUACUUGCCUCCUAACUUUGAAUCUUCUGCUGCUUCCUCUGGAAAUGAAUUUGGCGCUCAAAAUGUAGCUGGCCAACAGUAUGGUAACCAACCUGCUGUUAAUCCAUUUGGAUAUCGAGGUGCCGCACAGGGUAACAAGGUCUUCGGUGCUCAGACCAGGUUCCAGUCUCAACCGUCUGCUGUCAAUCGUCAGUACCUCGCACCUCAUUCUUCUCAAAAUAUUCCUCAACAACCUUUCGACGAGAAAACAGGAUAUUUAUACUAA